AUGGCCUCGCCGUGCAGAAAAUCCCGGGAACGGUACCCGUCUCUCCACCUGUCCGCGAUUUCCGAAGAAGAGGCGCCACCAUCGCCGGAUUCUCACAAGACGGCACCACUUUCACCGCCGCCGCCAUCACCCCUUCCACCACCACCGAUACCACCUCCAUGGGACCGGACUUGCGAUGCCAGAUUUUCGCGCAGCGGAGGAGCCACGGUCGACCACACCGACUCGUGGCAGCAGGCCGUCUCGCAGGUGUACAGCAUCUUUGGCCGCGAAUGCCCACAGCAAACGGCAGAGGAUGCAUCGCCAUCGCUCCUUCGUCUCCCGGCGGCCGUCCGCUUUCGUCUCUACCAGCACCUCGUGUCCGCUCCUCUCGCCCUCGCCCUCGCGCCGCUUCUAGGUGCGCUCCACGCCUCCUUUGCCCUCCGCGCCGAGGUCGUCGCCGCAUUUUGGCACGCCCGCCGCGUCCACAUUGUCUUCUCUCCCUACGUCCGCCUGGCCGUCUGCCCCCUGGCCACGCUCUACCUGCAGCGGUAUGUCGGCGUCAUGGGCCGGUCGCCGGCCCUCACGCUCGAGCUGGACUGCACGCGGCUCGGGUACCGCAUGCACCCGGCCGCGGCAGGCCUGCAGCCCGGGCUGUUGAGCAUGGGCGCGCUGGUCGAGAGAUUUGUCGAGCGCAUCAUAUCGACAAGCGUGUUUCCUUUGCGGCAGCUGGUUGUGCUGUGCCGCCGCUACUACGGGAACCGACCAGCAAGCACCACAGCAGGCGACGUGCCGUACGUCGGGCCCGAGGUGGAGCACGUCGCCGCGCAGCUGGGCCGUCUGGCCGGGCGGGUGGUGUCGAUGCGGCUGGUUGGGUUCUUGCCGGCGUUUACAACAACGAUGCUGUCCAUCCUGAGCGUGACGGGGACAAACGAAUCGUUCUCCCAGAUCGACAUCUACAAGCAGUCACCGUCCGACGCAUAUCCGUUGCUGCCCGGCCAUCGUGCCUACGUCGACGGCGGUCGGAGCCUGGGCCGAAUCUGCUUGUCAGCGACACAGCCGGCUCUGCCGCCACCGAUCGGCGCACAGGCUAACCUCGGCCACGACGACGAUGCCAAGACAGCGACGUCUUCGACGCGUGACAGUCAAACAACCUCGCCGUCUCCGUCGUCGUCCUUGACAUUUUUGUCCCCUUCGUCGUCAUCGUCGUCGUCGUCAUCGUCGUCGUCGCUGGCGUCCACAACGCGUACGUUUCCCCUCCCACCGCCCAAGCUUACCGUGCCGUCCCUCACGCGUGCGCUCGACGUAGGCAACCGCCUGGCCGUCGUCCCGCGUCUGGCCCCGCCCGUCGCGUCGAGCAUCCAGCGCGGCAGCCGCAACAGGAGUCGGCCGCGGCCGCCACUCGUGGCCAUGUUGGGCGUCUGUGGGACACCCCAAAGCAGCUUUGUCGCGGAUUGUCUGGCGGCCGCGGGUCUGGCUGUCGGCGUGGUUGGAUCGCCUCUGCAGUUGGAGGGGGACCGUGUCGAUGUCGUUGACGAAAAGAUAGGUGGGACAAUGGACGUCUGUGCUGAGUCGGGUCACAUGUCUCAGCUGGAACAAGAGUCAGGUCACCGAGUAUGGGCAGGCACUAUGAGCAUCAUUGGCAGAGGCCGACAGGAGAGGCAGGGCCGGCAAGACCGGCAGGACCGGUCGCGGCGACGGCUGCAGAAGAAACGGCAUCUUGACACGCCGCUCGUUUGGUAG